AUGCGCAGCGGCAAAAUGCAUCAGUGUCUUCUCGCCACCCUUGCGUCCCUCGCCGUGGCGGCCGCCCGACCGGGCGAGUUCCAGCCAUGGCACGUCUGGUGCAAUACGCUCAACACCAACGACGUGGACCAGACAUGCUACUGCAACAAGUACUGGGAAGCCGGCUGGAACGGCACUGAUGAUGUGUAUCAGUACAGCAUCGGCAUGGAGCUCAAGACGCAAGAGCACCUCGACUCGGCGAGCAACCUGUUCGCCGGCAUAGAGAACGCCGUCCGAACGGGCCAGAGUUCGUUUUCGGCCAAUGUCAAGGCGUUAUAUCAACGGACGGAGCAGACUCGCAAGAUGACCGUGGAGGUCAGUGGCAUGGAGGGCCGGGACUGGCCCGAACUCUACAGAGUGGGCGCCAUCCGCGCAUUCAGGCGCGGCACGUACGAGAGGGGCCGGCUCGUCGGGAACAUGAAGUGGUAUAUCCGAUCAGAUACCAAGUACUGGAAAUGGACUCCGGAAGAAUGCUGGAGCGACAAAAAAUGCGGCGAAUUCAACCAGUGUCCCUACGACGAGGGGGGGUACAUGUCCAUAGGUGUGGGUGAGCAGGUCUAG